GAUUGCAAACUCUGUUUUCCUCAUUGGCCAUUGUCACACUUCGAAAAUCUGCAUUCCAUGUCAUUGCGCCCCAAUUUGUUAGCUGUUUUUAGAAGCUCAGAUAAGGAUGGAAAUGGGCAAAUCGAUGCCCACGAGUUACAAGGGGCCUUAUCUAACGGCUUGGGCUUGCCGUUCAAUAUGAAUACCGUGACGAAAAUGAUCAGAAUAUUCGAUCGCGAUCUGAGUGGAUGUAUUGAGUUUAACGAAUUUUCCGAGUUGUAUGAUUACAUCAGUCGAUGGAAGCAAUGUUUUGAGGCUUAUGAUGCUGAUCGCUCGGGUACCAUCGAUGAGCGUGAGCUGAUGCAAGCUCUUAACUCAUUUGGGUACAGACUAUCCCCAACGUUCGUGCGAACAAUUAUUCGGCGAUUCGACAGAUCUCGUCGUGGUGUGAUCGGGUUCGAUGACUUUAUCUAUGUGCUUGUUUGUUUACAGCAAUUAACCAUUGCCUUCAUGCCCUAUGAUCAAGCGAAGCGUGGAUUUGCAAUGAUGAAUUUCGAGCAGUUUCUCUUGGCCGCUUUCGCUACGGUAUCGUAGUAGCGCAUCUUUUCAGGAUACGUGAUUCUUCCUUCGUCGCAAUAGCCUUCAAUCCUCAUCAUUACAGCCCUUCUGGCGAAGACUGCUUUGUAUGUAACACACUAACCACAACUGUUGUACGUAAUCAGAGUCAAUGCUUUUGUAUCUCUAUUUCUACCACUUAUACUGUCGUCUUUCAGAUGCUGGAUGGCUUACGCAUCCAACACAUUCUUUCUCGACUUACUGUGGUCUCUCUGUUGUUGUAUCCAUUAUGAGUCUGCGUCUGUACACGCGUUUGUAUGCCACGCUACGCACACAUCUUCAAAUGGCACUGCACAGCAAACGUAUUCAUUUACUGCCACGGUUCAACAUCUACGUUUGGUCAGACGGACCACUUACUAGUGGGGUUGGUGUUUGCCUCCUAAAAUUGUUCGAUUCAGUUGUGUUUGGACUUUGGCAUCCCGACUGAGUAGGCACUUACUGGUCACAUGUUUACUAGACGUAACAGACAGCAAGUUUGUCUUCAAAUGGCAA